GGCAAAGGCCGGUGUGGACGUUGCCCUGUGUGAUUUUCAGAGACAGCUGAUACCGGUUUGAAAAGCCACCGAGUGGGUCCCGGUAAAACUAAGAGUAGGACCCACAAAGGCUUUAUGUGGAUCUUCUCGUGGACUCUCCUGACUAAUCUCUCUCUCUCUCUCUCUCCUAUGAACCAUCUCCUAUGAACCAGAAAGGAAAUCUCAGACAAGUUGCAAAGUGUGGAUUCUUCGUGAACAAAGUUAAUCGCACUUUGCUUGGUUUGCUUUCUUCACUCCCAUGCUUCGCUAUCUUUUCAACUUAAGAUCAGCAUUCCACACGGAUAAUUAAGCGAUUUCUGCUGAAUUUGGUCAACUCCAGUCAAAGGAGGAGGAGGUUUGGGAAUGGUAUUUAGCUCUUUGUGGAGCUACUCGAGACAGUUCUCAUCAAGAAACUUGUUGCCACUAGAAUGAUUCUGGAAGUCAAUCUUCUGCAUUGAGCAGGUUGAUGCAUUGGCUAAAGUUAUGAAUCACCGGCAAGACGAGUUUGUGAGGUUUCAGGAUUGGAAAUCAGAGAGAAGCUCUGAGGGAAAUUUUCAUGCUAAAGGUGGAGUCCACAGAAGUAAAGUUGUAAUAGCUUCCAACGAAUUACAUAAUGGCUUGGAAUCUGGGAAAUGGAGGGCCAAAGGCAUAAUACAAGCUGUAAAAUCUAGUUUAAGUGGUUUUGUGGAAGAAAGCUUGGGAUCCAAAAAGAACAUUCUUGAUCCUCAAGGACCUUUUCUUCAAAAGUGGAACAAAAUAUUUGUAUUAUCCUGUGUAAUUGCUAUCUCCUUGGAUCCUUUGUUCCUUUAUAUUCCAGUGAUUGAUAACGACAACAAAUGCCUGGGGUUAAACAGAACGUUGGAGGUCACAGCUAGUGUUUUGCGUUCUUUUACUGAUAUAUUUUACUUUCUUCAUAUUGCCCUUCAAUUUCGAACUGGUUUCAUUGCUCCUUCGUCACGUGUAUUUGGAAGAGGUGUUUUAAUUGAAGAUGCUUGGGAGAUAGCAAAGAGAUACUUAUCCACUUACUUCUUGAUCGACAUUCUUGCAGUUCUACCACUACCACAGGUUGUAAUUUUAAUUAUAAUUCCUAAGUUGCGGGGUUCAAGAUCUUUGAAUACCAAGAAUUUGCUGAAGUCUGUUGUCUUUUUCCAAUAUAUUCCAAGGGUCCUUCGAGUGUAUCCUUUAUAUAGGGAAGUCACAAGAACAUCUGGCAUACUCACUGAAACAGCAUGGGCUGGAGCUGCUUUCAAUCUCUUCCUUUAUAUGCUUGCCAGCCAUGUACUUGGAGCCUUUUGGUAUCUGUUUUCUAUAGAACGCGAAACUACUUGCUGGAAACAAGCUUGUGGAAAUUCUUCUCCCUGUCUUCAUGCCUCAUUGUAUUGUGAUGAUGAUCAUACAAAAUUUAAAACAUUGCUGAACAGUUCCUGCCCUAUAGAGACACCAAAUGCAACGCUAUUUGAUUUUGGGAUAUUCCUUGGCGCUCUCCAAUCAGGUGUUGUGGGACCAAUGGAUUUUCCACAGAAGUUCUUUUAUUGUUUCUGGUGGGGUUUACAAAAUUUAAGUUCCCUUGGUCAAAACCUCCAAACAAGUACCUUCAUCUGGGAAAUUUGCUUUGCAGUUUUCAUUUCCAUCGCUGGCCUGGUGCUAUUUGCCUUUCUCAUUGGCAAUAUGCAGACAUGUCUGCAAUCCUCAACAUUAAGAUUAGAGGAGAUGCGGGUGAAAAGACGAGAUGCAGAACAGUGGAUGUCACAUCGGUUGCUCCCUGAGAACCUCAGAGAGCGGAUUAGGCGCUAUGAGCAAUACAGGUGGCAGGAAACUAGGGGUGUUGAUGAAGAGAAUCUGAUUCACAACCUCCCGAAAGACCUCAGGAGAGAUAUAAAGCGUCAUCUUUGUUUAGCUUUGCUCAUGAGAGUGCCAAUGUUUGAAAAAAUGGAUGAACAACUCUUAGAUGCAUUAUGCGACCAUCUGAAGCCAGUGCUAUUCACCAAGGACAGCUUCAUUGUUCGUGAAGGUGAUCCAGUUGAUGCGAUGCUGUUUGUAAUGAGGGGCAAACUACUGUCUGUAACCACUAAUGGAGGGAGGACAGGUUUUUUUAACUCUGAGCAUCUAAAAGCUGGUGAUUUUUGUGGAGAGGAGCUACUUACUUGGGCUCUUGACCCUAAUUCGUCAACUAACCUACCAAUCUCAACUAGAACUGCCCAAGCACUCUCAGAAGUUGAAGCAUUUGCUUUAGUGGCUGAUGAUUUAAAGCUUGUAGCCUCUCAGUUCCGACGACUUCACAGUAAGCAGCUCCGCCACACUUUCAGGUUUUACUCAGGCCAAUGGAGAACUUGGGCAGCUUGCUUCAUACAAGCAGCAUGGCGGAGUUAUUGCAGGAAGAAGGUAGAAGAGUCUCUUCGUGAAGAAGAAAACAGGUUGCAAGAUGCAUUGGCAAAUGAAGGUGGCAGUUCACCAAGUUUGGGUGCUACCUUUUAUGCAUCAAGAUUUGCUGCUAAUGCACUCCGUGCUUUGCGGCGCAAUACUGCAAAGAAAGCAAGGGUGCCAGACAGGAUAUCACCCAUUCUGCUUCAGAAGCCAACAGAGCCAGAUUUUACUGCUGAAGAUAAAUAACUGCCAUUAUUAAUUGUAGUACGUGGUCUUGUUGUAAAUGAUUGAGUGCAUUUUCAGCCAUGUUUUUGUGUAUAAUACAUAUAUUGGCAAUUUCUUCAAGCCUCGAGGCUUGAUGGAAAGAAAGCAAUUGUAUUUGUACAAAAGAAAUGAUAUCUACCAUUUUACCAGAUUAUUAUAGAAUCCACAACAAUAAAUACCUCAAUUCCAAGCCAAUUAUGGUCAACUACACAAACCCUCA